AUGGCACAUGAGGAUUUGAGUCUACCGGAGCUCAUAGGGAGAGCUUACGCUCGAGCUCUUCCACCUAAGCAGUUUACUAAGCUCAUACAAUCACGUUUUCACGAGACGAGCGAAGUUCAGCAUGUAGAUGAUAGCAUAUCAGCUGCCAUCCUACCUUACCUUCUUCCUUCACCGCCCUCCCUAGUACUCUCAUACCUAUCUCACCUGUUAUCAAAUACAACACUUCUCACUUCAAGAACGAUAUUCAUUCACCUUCUAUUCUACAUACACAAUCAUGACUUACCAUCGAUAUCAUCAAUACUAUCAAUGACCAAUAUCCUCUCAAUCCAUCCCACAGGUUUAGAUCAACCCAUACCAUCUCUCUUAUCGCCUUUUACCAGCGAGCUCAGUAUUCAGCCUGAUGUUGGUCCAUCCACAUCUACAAGCGUUGUACAAAAUCAGAAUCAAAUUUCAACUUUAUCCCUCCUCUUACCGCUCUUACGGAUAUCUUCGACCAACUCGCCAAAUUCAAUAUCAUCCCUUAAUGGGUAUCUAUCAAAAUUUAUCUCGGUCCUUUCUGCUUUCCCUUCACCAACUCUGGAUGUAGGUCUAGAAGCUGGCCAAUUACUGUCUAGUCUACCGGAAGAGAUAGGUACCCAUCUGAGAGGACUGUUGAGUGGUUUGAUGACAGAUUUGGAUAAUCAAGAUCUGAUGGUUCAAGCGAACCAACAGCAGCAACAGCAAAACCAAGAUAUACAAAUGGGUGAUGAUAAUACUCAGAAUGCGAGUAUAUCCCGAGAUAGUAGGAAAGGUGAAAGUAAAUUACCCUUGAGGCAAACGGUGAUAUUCUUAUUGGAGUAUAUCAAGCGGAUGAGAAUCAAGAGAUCAAGUAGAUCGACGAUAACGACGGAGGAUGAAUCCAAAGAGCGAUAUAGAGCUUUGAUAAGAGUUGGAAAGCACAUAACGAAUGAUUCGGAGGAAUUGUUAAGGGUGUUAUUGGAAGUUACAAUACAGGAUUUGGUAGGAUCGAAUGUGGAUACUUUACAAUGUGCCGAACAUUGGAGAAUAGUGGUGGAAGAUGUCAGUAAUCUCUUGAAAUGGUGGAAAGACAAUCGUAUAGAUGAUUUUGGUUUUCCCGACGACCCAUCGAACGUUUUAUCAACACUGUUCCAAUCACUCUCACCGUCAAUGCAGACGUUUUCCGAGCAACUAUCGCAGAGGUAUAGUAACCUAGUACAACAAGCUGAGAACGAGGAUGAUGGAAGUACAUUCACACCUCUCGAGGGAUGGCAUCUACUAUCUCUGCAAGAAACCCUGUUAUCGAAAUUGGUCCAGGUAGGAAUAAUCAGUCAUGAACAAGGAUCAGCCAUCGCUCCUGGCGUAAAUAUCUAUACGUUCUCUCCGGGAGAAUCGUUAACAAAUCGACUCUCUUCGGAAUCCCAUCCUCACCUACCUUCCUUAGUUCACACCAUCCAAUAUUCCUAUGGAGCAUCUUCGACGUUUUCCACGGAAAUCACGCAAAUUAUCGGAACGUGCCCAGUCACUCCUCCACCAGAAAAUAUAUUCAACUACAUAGCUUCGCAGCCUGGUCUACUGGCAUGUCUGACUACUCAGAUAAGUCCCCUGGCGUUAUUGGACUUGAUGCAAGAGCGAUUGUUGGAUCUUGGAGUAGAAGAACAAAGCAGGAAUGAUGAUCCGCAAGGAAGUUUGACAAGAUUUGGUGAAGGUGUUGCGUUGGUAGAAGCUUUUGUAGCUCAUCAUCAGUUGCCCUUACCUCCUUUAUUACAAGAUGCAAGAUGUGCAAUCAGUUUUAGUCAUUUGGAUGAGAAGAGUAAGGAAUGUAUGAACGGAUGGGUCAAAGCUAUUUUCGGCUCAGACGGCAUAGAAGAUGCCAUCCUACUUGCCACAGCCCCUCAAAAGCUAUACAAACUAUCACCUACACUGAUUCAACAGGCCAUAGCGGCUGUAACAGCCUCUCAGAUCGACCUCGAUACGCUCCACAGCGGUCUUUCAUAUUUCUCACAACCUUUGUUGAGUUGGUGCCUUGGUGGUGUAGUAGCGUGGUUGUGUAAAGAGAUCAAGAGACAGGGACUUUUGUCAGCCGUCCACCUAGUAGUUCUACAGGAUCUGAUCCUUGGCCAUUCAUGCCCCGAAGCACUCAUACGUGUUAACGCCAAAGGGCUAAACGAACUCCUCAGUCCGAAUAGCGGUUUGACACCGGUAUUUGAAUCUUCCAAUUUCGACUUAGUCGGAAUACGCACCAAACUAGAUUCGUUAGGAUUGAACGCUUCUUUACCUACUCAAGAGAUCGAUCUUAAAGGCGCUCUGAAUGUUAUAAGACAGUUCGACCUCGCUCCGGCACGAUGGGAAAAGACGUUACUGGAUUCGUUGGAUGCGGAAGUGGCGUUGAGAGGAAGAGAGGGAUGUUUGGACAUUGUGCUGGAACAGGUUGAAAUCCCUCAAAAUGGCGAUUUAGCCGGAUUCGUACCUCUUUUAUUGGCUUUAUCAACUUCGGCAGGUGGAUAUACCUUACUGGAGAGUCUGUUCGGUCAUUCGAAAAAGUUAUUAUCUCCCCAAACGGGUGAUUCACUCAAACGAUCGUUGAGUCAUUCUUCAGCUCUCACUUCGAAUUCCGGACAAAUCGUAUUUGCGAGUCUUGUAUACGAGUUGGAAUAUCUGGUAUCUUUGCCCGUCAAGAUGGAUGAUGAGCUAUCUCAAUCUCAGGAAGAGAAGAUAAGGAAAAAGAGAAAGACGAAUCAAGAUGGUGGUAUGAUCAAUAGAUUGAAUGUGGGACAGAGAGAGAGGUUGGAAAGUCUGAUUAGGGGAUUGAGGGAUGAUGAGUCGUUAAGAAGUAAAUUUGGAAAUGGGAUGAUAGAAAGAUUAGAUCGUAUUUUGUAA